AUGGCCCGAUUUUGGUGGGGAAGCUCGGAUUCUCAAAGGAAGAUUCACUGGAAAAAAUGGGAUUCUAUGUGUACUUUGAAAUGCUUGGGUGGAAUGGGAUUCAAAGAUCUAAGUGUUUUUAAUGAUGCUCUCCUUGGGCGUCAGGCUUGGCGUCAUGUUCAUGCUCCACACUCCUUAUUUGGGCAUGUUAUGAAGGCCAAGUAUUUCCCUAAAUGUGAUUUUCUUGAGGCAUCUAUGGGUUACUCGUGCAGUUACUCUUGGAAAAGUAUUUGGAGUUCAAAGGCGCUUCUGAAAGAUGGAUGUAUUUGGAGAGUGGGAAGUGGUGAAAGAAUUAAUGUGUGGACCGAUCCUUGGGUUGCUAGUGAUGAGGGGCGUUUCAUUUCGAGUGAUCCGAUUGUAGGAGUGGAAAAAGUGAGUGAUCUUAUUGACUCUUGCACCCAUGAGUGGAAAGUGAAUUUGAUAGAAGAGAGCUUCCAGGAGAAAGAUGUUAAGAGCAUUCUAGCUAUCCCUUUGAGUUUUUUGAAUCUUGACGAUGAAGUAACAUGGGCUCUCACUAAGAAUGGGCAUUAUUCUGUUAAAACGGCAUACAUGCUUGGGAAGGGAGGUAAUCUUGACUCUUUUCAUCAAGCAUGGGUUGAUAUUUGGAGCAUGGAAGCUAGUCCCAAGGGCUGUGGUGCUGCUGAAUCCACGUCCCAUGCAGUUUUUGAGUGCCCUCGGGUUUAUGACGUUUGGGUAGAGUGUGGGUGUGCUGAGAUGUGCAUUGAUGCUUCGAGUUUGUCAAUGUGUGAUCUAGUGGAGAGUUGGAGAAAGCUGGAUAGGAAGAAAGUAAUCAGAGGGAUUUUUCUUGCGUGGUGCUUGUGGGGUGAAAGAAAUCGCUGGAUUUUUCAACAACAAUGUACGCCCAAUAAAAUGUUGGUUGAACGAGUGUCGAGAUUAGCUGAUGAAUAUGGAUCCUACACUGCUCGUAUUUACAACCACGUUGCUGCAGCUUCUAGACCUAGUGUGAAGACGUGGCAACCCCCUCCACCAGGCGUGAUUAAGCUUAACGUCGACGCCUCCUGUGCUGAUGUAGGAUGGACUGGUUUGGGAGUGGUGGGGACGUGA